GCCGGCAGGACGCCAAUGAGGGGCAGUGCCUGGCAUUAUGCAACCCGCCUCCUGGCCCCGCGAAGCUUCCACUCGGCUGAGGGCUGCAACGGCGGCGGGCAGGCGGCCGGAGGGCGCUCGCGCGGCCAGGUACUGCCUGGGAUCGAACUUCUCAGUUCUCAGAGGCUUGCGUGUCCCACCUCACUCCCCCAGCCAGGCCGCCCGGCCCCCUCGUGCGCUCGUGGUGGCCUCUCUGCCUGCUCUGUUUCCCCCUUGCCCUCCCCAUGGCGCAGACAUGAAUGGCCCCCUGGAAGGGGCUGAUGGGGGAGGGGACUCCGGACCGGGGGAGUCCUUUUGCCCUGGAGGGGCCCCAUCCCCUGGGCCGCCACAGCACCGGUCUUGCCCUGGACCCAGCCUGGCUGAUGACACAGAUGCCAACAGCAAUGGCUCCAGCGGCAAUGAGUCCAACGGGCCCGAGUCCAGGGGCGCAUCCCAGCGGAGCUCACACAGCUCCUCCUCUGGCAACGGCAAGGACUCCGCCCUGCUGGAGACCACUGAGAGCAGCAAGAGCACAAACUCUCAGAGUCCCUCCCCACCCAGCAGCUCCAUUGCCUACAGCCUCCUGAGCGCCAGCUCUGAGCAGGACAACCCGUCUACCAGUGGCUGCAGCAGUGAACAGUCCGCCCGGGCCAGGACCCAGAAGGAACUCAUGACGGCUCUGCGGGAGCUCAAGCUUCGGCUGCCGCCAGAGCGUCGGGGCAAGGGCCGCUCCGGGACCCUGGCCACGCUUCAGUAUGCUCUGGCCUGUGUCAAGCAGGUGCAGGCCAACCAAGAAUACUACCAGCAGUGGAGCCUGGAGGAGGGUGAACCUUGCGCCAUGGACAUGUCCACCUACACCCUGGAGGAGCUGGAACACAUCACGUCUGAGUAUACGCUUCGCAACCAGGAUACCUUCUCCGUGGCGGUCUCCUUCCUGACGGGCCGCAUCGUCUACAUCUCAGAGCAGGCGGGUACCCUGCUGCGCUGCAAGCGGGACGUGUUCCGGGGCGCCCGCUUCUCUGAGCUCCUGGCCCCCCAGGAUGUGGGCGUCUUCUACGGUUCCACUGCCCCAUCUCGCCUGCCCACGUGGGGCGCCGGGGCCUCAGCAGGUUCAGGCCUCAAGGACUUCGCCCAGGAGAAGUCUGUCUUCUGCCGUAUCAGAGGGGGUCCUGACCGGGAUUCAGGGCCUCGGUACCAGCCAUUCCGCCUAACGCCGUACGUGACCAAGAUCCGGGUCUCAGAUGGGGCCCCCGCGCAGCCAUGCUGCCUGCUCAUUGCAGAGCGCAUCCACUCGGGUUACGAAGCUCCCCGGAUCCCUCCCGACAAGAGGAUCUUCACUACUCGGCACACGCCCAGCUGCCUCUUCCAGGAUGUGGACGAAAGGUUUGCUCAGGACCUGGAGGGAAGCGGGUGGGGAGGGCUGAGGCCAUGGCUACUCUCUGAUGCCUCCUCCCCUCGCAGGGCCGCCCCCCUGCUGGGCUACCUUCCCCAGGACCUCCUGGGGGCCCCAGUCCUCCUGUUCCUGCACCCUGAGGACCGGCCCCUCAUGUUGGCCAUCCACAAGAAGAUCCUGCAGUUGGCUGGCCAGCCCUUCGAUCACUCCCCCAUCCGCUUCUGCGCCAGGAAUGGGGAGUACGUCACCAUGGACACCAGCUGGGCUGGCUUCGUGCACCCCUGGAGCCGCAAGGUGGCCUUUGUGUUGGGACGCCACAAAGUGCGCACGGCACCCCUGAACGAGGAUGUGUUCACUCCUCCGGCCCCCAGCCCAGCUUUGUCUCUGGACUCUGAUAUCCAGGAGCUGUCCGAACAGAUCCACAGGCUGCUGUUACAGCCGGUACACAGCCCCAGUCCCACCGGGCUCUGUGGGGUCGGCCCCGCCGCUUCCCCGGGCCCUCUCCUCAGCCCUGGCUCCUCCAGUGAUAGCAACGGGGGUGAUGCUGAGGGGCCCGGGCCUCCCGCCCCGGUGACCUUCCAGCAGAUCUGUAAGGAUGUGCACCUGGUGAAACAUCAGGGACAGCAGCUUUUCAUCGAGUCCCGCGCUUGGCCUCCGCCCCGGCCCCGCCUCCCUGCCACGGGCACCUUCAAGGCCAAGACCCUUUCCUGCCAGUCCCCAGACCCGGAGCUGGAGAUGGUCCCUGCUCCAGUCCAGGCUCCACUCACCUUGACCCCUGAGGAGGUGGAGAGAAAAGAAGCCAAUGGUUGUUCCUACCAGCAGAUCAACUGCUUGGACAGCAUCCUCAGGUACCUGGAAAGCUGCAACAUUCCCAGCACCACCAAGCGUAAAUGUGCCUCCUCCUCCUGCACCACCUCGUCAGCCUCCGACGAUGACAAGCAGAGGACAGGUCCACUCCCUCUGGGGGCCAAGAAAGAUGCAUCGGCAGUGCUGUCCGGGGAGGGGGCCGCCCCACAGAAGGAGCCGGUGGUGGGAGGCGCCCUGAGCCCGCUCGCGCUGGCCAAUAAGGCAGAGAGCGUGGUGUCCGUCACCAGUCAGUGUAGCUUCAGCUCCACCAUCGUCCAUGUGGGAGACAAGAAGCCCCCGGAGUCGGACAUCAUCAUGAUGGAGGACCUGCCUGGCCUGGCUCCAGGCCCAGCCCCCAGCCCAGCCCCCAGCCCCACAGUAGCCCCUGACCCAGCCCCAGAUGCCUACCGCCCGGUGGGCCUGACCAAGGCCGUGCUGUCCCUGCACACACAGAAGGAGGAGCAGGCCUUCCUCAGCCGCUUCCGAGAUCUCGGCCGACUGCGUGGACCUGACGGCUCCUCCCCGGCCCCCUUGGCCCCUGGCGAGCGAGGCUGCCACCACGGCCCCGCACCCCCCGGUCGCCGACACCACUGCCGAUCCAAAGCCAAGCGCUCACGCCACCACCACCAGACCCCCCGGGCUGAAGCCCCUUGCUUCACCUCCCACCCGUCCCCCGUGCCACCCUCUGCCCCCUGGCCGCCCCCACCGGCCACUGCUCCCUUCCCAGCCAUGGUCCAGCCCUACCCUCUCCCGGUGUUCCCACGGGGAGGCCCCCACCCUCCUCCCUCCGCCCCUGCUUCCGGGCCCCCUGCAGCUUUCCCCGCCCCCCUAGUCACCCCAAUGGUAGCCUUGGUGCUCCCUAACUACCUGUUCCCGACCCCGUCCGGCUAUCCCUAUGGGGUACCCCAGACUCCCGCUGAAGGGCCUCCAACCCCGGCCUCCCACUCCCCCUCUCCGUCCCUGCCCCCACCGCCCCCCAGCCCUCCCCACCGGCCCAACUCUCCCCUGUUCAACUCGAGAUGCAGCUCCCCACUCCAGCUAAAUCUGCUGCAGCUUGAGGAGCCCCCCCGUGUUGAAGGGGGUGCUGUUGCAGGGGGCACUGGGAGCAGUGCUGGGCCCCCGCCUCCCAGUGAGGAGGCUGCUGAGCCAGAGGCCAGACUGGUGGAGGUAACGGAGUCCUCCAAUCAGGACGCGCUGUCGGGCUCCAGUGACCUGCUGGAGUUGCUGCUGCAAGAAGAUUCUCGAUCUGGCACGGGCUCCGCCUCCUCGGGCUCCGGCUUGGGCUCCGGGUCCGGGUCUGGGGCAGGCUCCCACGAGGGAGGCAGCACCUCAGCCAGCAUCACACGCAGCAGUCAGAGCAGCCACACGAGCAAGUACUUUGGCAGCGUUGACUCUUCUGAGGCCGAAGCCGGGGCCGCCCCGGCCAGGGCUGAGCCUGGGGACCAGGUCAUUAAGUACGUGCUCCAGGAUCCCAUCUGGCUGCUCAUGGCCAACGCCGACCAGCGCGUCAUGAUGACCUACCAGGUGCCCUCCAGGGACAUGGCCUCCGUGCUGAAGCAGGACCGGGAGCGGCUCCGGGCCAUGCAGAAGCAACAGCCUCGCUUCUCAGAGGACCAGCGCAGGGAACUGGGUGCUGUGCACUCCUGGGUCCGGAAGGGUCAGCUGCCUCGGGCCCUCGAUGUGAUGGCCUGUGUGGAUUGCGGCAGUAGCACCCGAGACCCCGGCCACCCUGAUGACCCGCUCUUCUCGGAACUGGACGGACUGGGACUGGAGCCCAUGGAGGAGGGCGGAGGCGAGGGCGGUGGUGGUGGUGGUGGCGGCAGUGGCGAGGGUGAGGGCGGAGAGGAGGCCGGCGCUCAAGCUGGGGCCAGGGCCUCAAGCUCCCAAGACCUGGCCAUGGAGGAGGAGGAACAAGGUGGGAGCCCAUCCAGUCCAGCCUUACCUGCCACGGAAAAUGGCACCAGCUAGACCACAUUUUGAGGCCACCUCUGGGAGUGCAUGAGAAGCUUCCUUCUCCCUUCUUCCACCUCUCAGAACCAGCCGUGGCUGGACCAACCGAUAGGAAACUGCCCCAGCUUCUCCCGCUUAGGGGGCCGGACCCCCAUCGGCAGCCCAGGAUCCAGGGGCAGCUUCUGGCUGCUUAGGGUACAAAGGGUGGGACUCUUCAGCCAGCCCAGCCCAGCGAAGCCUCCUCUCCCACCGCUGGUGAGGAGAUCUUCCUUCCCCUGGACAAGGCUGCUGACGAGCUGCUGAAGUGGUCUCUCCAAGCCCUGGCUGAGCCCAAGUCCAGGUCCCUGAGGGUUGGGGCUACACUUAUUUAUUGGGGGAGGCCGUUUGCUCUCCCACCUCCUUCCUAGAAGGGAGGAGGAGGGCCCGAGGCCCAAGCAGGACCCAGCGGUCCAAACCCCUAGCUGCUCCAGGGUGGGGGACGUUGGUGGACCAUGGAGUCCCUGGUGCUGCCCCUCAGGUGGGACCCAGGUGUUCUCAGCUGUACCCUCUACCGAUGGCAUUUGUGUUUUUGAUAUUGUGUCUGUUAUUAUUUUUUAAUACAAAAA